CCAGACCUCGGCGCUUUCACUACUCGAACCCGAGGUGGGGUUUCUGUGCGUGAAGGUCAAGGUGUGGUGCUCAUGUGCACCCCUCCACCUCAUUCACAAGAGACUAUCUACAGUUGGGUGUUUAAUGAGUUUCCCUCGUUUGUUGCUGAGGACAGUCGGCGCUUCAUCUCGCAGGUCACGGGGAACCUGUACAUCUCCAAGGUGCAGCCCUCAGAUGUUGGAAGCUACAUCUGUCUGGUGAAGAACAUGGUGACAAAUGCAAGGGUGCUGAGCCCCCCAACUCCUCUGACACUUAAAACUGACGGUGUCAUGGGUGAAUAUGAGCCCAAAAUUGAAGUGCAUUUCCCAACAUCUGUUCUGGCUGCUAAAGGAGUGACUGUCAGGCUGGAGUGCUUUGCUCUAGGAAAUCCAGUGCCAACAAUCACAUGGAGGAAGAUUAAUGGCAACAUCCCCAAAAAGGCAAGACUUCGGAAGUCCCAGGCUGUACUAGAGAUCCCCAAUAUUCAGCUGGAGGAUUCAGGAACUUACGAAUGCAAAGCUGAGAAUCCGAGAGGAGGAACUGCUUUCAAAGGGCAUCUGCAGGUCUACACCCUCCCUCAGUGGGUCAGAAUGAUUAAUGACACUCAGAUGGAUAGUGGUGAGAAGCUCCAGUGGGAGUGCAAGGCCGUCGGGAGGCCUCGGCCCACCUAUCGCUGGCUUCGUAAUGGUUUGCCCUUGACAUCCCAGGGUCGAGCUGAGAUUGUGAAUGGGGAACUGACCAUUCACAAAGUACAACAGACGGACUCAGGAAUGUACCAGUGUGUCGCAGAAAAUAAAUAUGGCGCCAUCUACUCCAAUGCUGAACUGAAGAUUUUAGCAUCAGCGCCUGCCUUUGUCACCAAUCCAGUACGGGUCAUAGCCACGCUUGGAAAAGACGUGUCUCUGGAAUGCAAACCGAGAGCAUCACCCAAACCUCGGAUAACAUGGAGGAGAGGAGACAGAAGGAUACAGCCAAAUAAAAGGAUUAUGUUAUUACGAAACAACACUUUGAAAAUUGUUAACUCCAGCCGAGCAGAUGAAGGAAACUACGUGUGCCGGGCGGAGAAUCAGCUGGGCUCGGCAGAGAUGACUGCCAUACUGUGGGUAAAAGAGGCCAUGCGUGUGGUUCUGAGCCCGAGCAGAGUGGAGGUGACCGUGGGGGAGAGCGUAGUGCUGAGCUGCAAAGCGACACACGACACUUCGCUGGAUGUGGCUUUCCAGUGGUUCUUCAACCAGAAACCAAUCAACUUUCAACAAGACGGCAACCACUUUGAAUACAUCCAAACACAGUCCUCGACGGUGGAUCUGAUGAUUAGGAGCAUUCUGUUGAGGCAUGCUGGGAAGUAUGGAUGCAAAGCCCAGACCAGUGCCGACACUGUGUUUGCAGAAGCAGAGCUCCUUGUGCGAGGUCCUCCUGGACCCCCUGGAGUGGUGAUCGUAGAGGAGAUCACAGACACCACAGCCACUUUGUCUUGGACGCGUGGCCUCGACAACCACAGCCCUAUCAGCACCUACAAUUUACAAGCCCGUAGCCCCUUUUCAUUAGGGUGGCAAACUGUCAAAACAGACCCAGACCCAGUGACUGGGGACAUGGAGUCAGCUGUGGCAGUAGAGCUCAACCCCUGGGUGGAAUAUGAGUUUCGAGUGGUGGCAAACAAUGCGAUCGGGACGGGAGAUCCCAGCGCUCCGUCUAGAAAAGUUAGGACCAAAGAAGCAGUUCCUGCUGUGGCACCAUCAAAUGUUAGUGGAGGAAACGGCCGCAGGCACGAACUGGUCAUCUCGUGGGAGCCUGUUUCUGAGGAGUUCCAAAACGGGGAGGGCUUUGGGUACAUCGUUGCUUUUCGGGCCAAUGGGACCAGAGGCUGGAAGGAGAAGAUGGUGACCUCAGCGGAUGCGACCAUGUACAAAUACAGGGAUGAGACAUUUCCCCCUCUCACCGCGUUUGAAGUGAAAGUUGGUGUGUACAACAAUAAGGGAGAUGGGCCGUUCAGCAAAGUUGUCAUCAUCCACUCUGCGGAGGGAGAGCCAAGAGAAGCACCAUCUGAUGUAAAAGCGUACAGCAUUUCUUCCUCGGAAAUUAGGGUGACCUGGAAACCACCAAACCCUGGUCCUGGAAGGCCCAGAGGAUAUGAGCUCAGCUACUGGAAGGAAUCUGAGCAGGAAGAGGCUGGAAACAAACAACGUACAGUAAAAAACGAAACCUCCAUGGUUCUGACAGGCCUUGAAGGGAACAGUGUCUAUCUCAUCACAGUAAAAGGCUUCAACAGCAUCGGCCAGGGUCCUGCCAAUGUUCCUGUCACAGCCAAGACGAGAAUGUCUCCUCCUGCUCAGCCUCCUACCAACCUUAUGUGGAUUCAAGAGGGCAAUAACAUCUCAUUAAGCUGGGAUCCAGUAAAGGCAAAAGACAAUGAGUCUGACGUCAUCGGGUACAUGGUGUUACUCAAACAGGAGGGUCGGGGCCACAUCCAGGUGACAAGAACCAUUAACCCCUCCACCAUGCUCUCACUGCCAGAGGGGGGCACUUACACCAUUGACGUGCGUGCACUCAGUGAAGGUGGAGAGGGAGCCUUCACCUCCCAAGUUCGAGUUGUCACCUCCUCUGGCGUUCGAGCAAAAAGCAACCAGUGUUCGGUGCACUGUCUGCCACAGAGCCUAACUUGGACAGCACUACUCCUGGUUUUACUGGUGCCUUCAGCUUCUUGGUGAGGAAACGGUGCUAUCCUCACAUUUUUUGAAGGGGGCCACCAGGCUUCUGCUCCCUAACUCCCUCUGACUGCCUGAUUGCUUUGGCCUUACCCAUCACAAAGGGCCUGAGGCGUGCCGACAGGGGGUUUGAGUCAGCCGGUUAACACGAAGCUCAUCGAAGUCCAUCUUUUUUUCUCUUCCCUAUUUAUUUUUAGACCCGGAUAUUUGGUU